AUGUCUUCCUUGUCGAUCUCUUUGCUAACAUUUUCUCUCCUUCUCCAAAACACUUUUGGAGCUGGCCCUCUCUUCCAUUUUUGUUCAAGCUCUGAGAACUUCACCGCCAAUGACGCUUACGGAUCAAACCUAAGAAAGCUCCUGGGUAGUCUUUAUAGCCAAACACCUCCUAUGGGUUUUGGUCUUGGUUCAGUGGGUCAAGAUCCGUACAAAACAUAUGGGCUUGCUCUUUGCCGUGGUGACGUUAAAGCCACAGAUUGCAGGAAUUGCUUCAAUGAGGCAAGCAAUGAAAUUCUCAAACGUUGCCCAAAUAACAAGGGUGCAAUUAUAUGGUACGAUAAUUGUCUUUUGAAGUACCUCAACAAAGAUUUCCAUGGCCAAAUUGAUAAUAAAAACAAGUUCUACAUGUGGAACUUGCGAAAUGUUAGCGAUCCCACAACCAUUAACCAAAAAACAAGGGAGUUGUUUGGCCUACUAGCAAAAAAGGCAUCUGGGACUCCGAAAUUGUAUGCAGUUGGAGAGCUAGAGGUCGGAAAAUCGAGGAAGCUCUAUGGCUUGGCCCAAUGCACUAGGGACUUUUCUGGAAGUGAUUGUUUCAAGUGUCUUGAUGGUAUAACUGGUGAACUUCCUCAUUGUUGUAAUGGGAAAGAAGGAGGAAGAGUUGUUGAUGGGAGUUGCAACAUAAGAUUUGAGAUUUAUCCCUUCAUCACAGCUUAG